AUGAUAAUGGUUACAAAUAAUGAUGCCGUUCAGUUUCUCUUCUCGCAAAAGACUUAUGCUAUGCGCCAGGAAAAGCCUCGGCACCUAAAAUAUUUAAACGAAUUUCGCACUCAACAAUGCCUCCUGUUUCUUGAACAACAGUGUCAGUUUCAUCGUCCUUAUACUUGCUUUCAUUGGCACUUUCCAAACCAGAAACGGAGGCGGCCUUUCAAGAGACCUGAUGGGACUUUUAAUUACAAUCCGGAUGUAUACUGUGAUAAGUAUGAUGAAACGAGUGGGUCAUGUGCUGAUGGGGAUGAAUGCCCGUAUGCGCACCGCAAUGCUGGUGACACGGAACGACGUUAUCAUCCACGCUAUUUCAAAACUGGAAAUUGUAUAUAUGAAACCAUGGAAAACGGAGCCUGUGUCAAGAAUGGUCUGCAUUGUGCAUUUGCACAUGGCCCUGAUGACAUCCGUUUACCUGUUUAUGACAUUCGCGAAGUUCAGGAUGCUUCUUCAAAAUUCACUGUUAAUCUACCUGCUAGUUUAGAAAAAGAGCGAGUAUUGAGUGAAGAUCCCAAAUGGAAUGAAAUGUUCCAUGUACUUGGUUGUUAUAAGACUGAAUUAUGCAAGAAACCACCGCGAAUGUGUCGUCAAGGUUAUUCAUGUCCAUUUUAUCACAAUGGAAAAGAUAAGCGAAGAGCUCCUGAUAAAUUCUUGUAUCGUAGUACUCCUUGUCCUAUUGUUCGACCUGGUGAUGAAUGGCAAGAUAGUACCCUAUGUGAUACUGGCGAUGCAUGUGUUUACUGUCAUACGCGAACGGAACAACAAUUUCACCCUGAAAUAUAUAAGUCGACAAAAUGCAACGAUGUAUUAAAUUCUGGUUAUUGUCCACGUGGUCCUUUCUGUGCCUUUGCACAUUGUGAUUCAGAAAUGUCGAUUGGACGCGAUUUUUCUGCAAAUGUACAACAGGAACAACCUGGACUGAUUAUGGAAUCUAAUAAUAAUAGUUUAUCAUCAAAUAAUAUUUCAUUAUCAUCUAGUUCAAUAACGACGGGAAUCACAACAACUAGUUCUUUUCAAUAUCAUCGUCAUAUACCUACUGAUAUUUCAAUAAUUUCUCAUGGUGGUGGAGGAAGCGAAAAUCAACAAUAUUCUGCUUAUUCUCCACAUCUUCAUCUAUCUACACCAAGUGCUGUGAAUAGUAAUUUACGUAUUUUAGGCACUAGUUCUACUACUACUCCUACUAUUGCUGGUAUUAAUAACAGUAAUAAUAACUUACCACCAAAUUUAAUGUCCAAUUUAAACGCCAAUUUUUCAAAUUUGUCGUCUAUGAUUACUUCAUCACCUCAACAACAACAGAUAUCUCAACGUACAACCUCUAGUCAACAUCAUCAUCAUUACCAUCAACAGCAUUUGAUAAGUUUUCCUUCUUCUACAAUAGAAUUUAAUAAGUCAAUUAGUACCAGUGAUCAUUCUGGAAGAUGUUCUCAUAUACCACCAAACCCUAUGACGUCAAACGUGAUAUCACCUCUCGGUUCAGCGCCAAAUCAAUCGUGUAUUCGUGGGCGUCGUCUUGCUCGUUGUACAUCCCCCCGUACAAGUAUGUGGCCCACGUUCAACUUGAUCGCCAAUCCUGGUAAUGAUAGGCAGCAUUUUACUCAAUUACCAGGUCCAUCAAAUUCAGAUGCUAGAAUUGGAGCAUGCUCUUCCUUGAGUGUUUUAUCACCCAAUGCAGUUAGUUCAACUUGCUCUCCAAUUCAGAAUACUCACUUUUCACAGUCACGAAGUCGUCCUAUACCUGGCCAAUUUCAUAACGUAGUUUUAACUCAUUCUAUGUCAACAGCUGGUUAUACACGAGAUAAUAAUAAUAAAGGUCGUCAUCGUAGCGGUAGUUCUAUGUCCUCUGAAAUUGGACAAUAUUCUAUGAAUGUUAAAGAGUUGACUUCUCCUCCUACUGCCUAUUUGGAUUCAACUUCAACUUAUCCAGGUCGAUGUGGUUCUUAUAGUGGUGGUUGUGUUGUGGGUAAUUUGAAUAGAACUGCUACUUCCUCGGCUGUUGUUACAGUUGGCGGCGGUGGUGUUAGUUUAUCGACACCAAAUCAGAAGCAGAGUAUGAUUGGUGCGGCUACUUCCAAGCCUGUACUGUUAGGACAGCUCUCUGGGAUUUAUCAAAAUGUGGUCACUCGUAAAAAGCAACAACAACCUAAUAUGCUAUGGGAUAAUUUUGAAUCGACAUCUAGUACAGAACAACAAUACUUCUCGCCUAGUUGUCCAUGGUCUACAAUGAACAUAAGUGGUACUGGUAAUAAUGAUAGUAAUGAUGGGAUUAAUGAAACAGAAAAUGAUUUCAACACUUUUUUUGAUCAAUAUCAUAUGCCUAUCGGUAUUGCUAGUACAUCUAUUAGUAAUUGUGAUGAUACUAGUCGUGAUAGUGGUUUAGUUCUUGAUAUGACAUUGCCUCCAACUUCACCGCUCGAAUCAAAUUGUGGUGGAUUUUUAAACAGUAAUCUCGAUGUCGAUCUAUUAUCUCAACUGACACAAUCGCAACGACAACAACAUACUUCAUCUAAUACUGCUGCGUCUGCUACUGCCGCCGCUUUCUUCGAUGAUAUUCAUACAGUUUAUCCGACAUUUUCUCAAGAUAUGGUUUUUCAUUCACCAUCUGAUGAUGGUUUCAUUUCGACACAUUCUACUUCCGAGGAACUAGAUCAUCCUCAACAUCGUCAUCAUUCUUCUUCGUUCUUAGUUACCGUCACUACAAGUAGUAAUGUUGGUGUAAGUGAUUGUUCAUCACUGCCAAAUUUUUACGCAUCAAAUCCAGUCAGUAUACCUGGUAGGGGGGGAAAUAAUAAUAAAGAUAUACAAAGCUUACAAUUGCGUUGUGAAUUCUUGGAUUCUAUCACUUGUCAAUCAGAUAAUAAUUUACCGCAAUAUGAUUCAGCGCAAUCGACUAAUUUACAACAACAGGCUGGUAAUAGUAAUAGUAGUAUUAUUCGAUCGAGUAAUUUUAUCAAAUCAAAUCAACACAUAGUAGGUUGGCCUUCAACUUUUGUUGAUGAAACUGGAUAUCACCGGCACAGUUCUCCUAUAUCUUCUCCAGUAUCACUAAAUAGUAAGAGUAAUAACAAUCGAUUUUCAUCAAUUGUUGGUACACCCCUUGGACGCAUUAAUCACCCAAUUUCGGCGGCUGCAGGAGUCGAUUUAAAUGCUUCUGGAUUAGCCAGUAGUGCUAGUAGUGGUUCUACCAGUGCUAUAUCAUUUGGUGCCAUUGGUUCCCGUGUUCAUCGCUGUUCAAUGACAUCAGAAUCCACAGACCAACCGGACAAUAACCAGUCAACUAGAUCACAACAGUAUUCAGAAUGUUCAACUCAGGGUGGUAUUCCUAAUGUGUCUUCAACUUCAUCUCCCAAUCAACUGGAUCUUGGUGUAACUCGGACAAGUUCUAGGAUUUUCUCACAUUCAAUAAAUGAUAACUUUACCAACUUACCGCAAUCACCUAUUCUUUUAUCGUCUCCAUUCAGUAAUCCAGGUUGUGAUCUAGAGCGUAUAACUUUACGUCGUGAGUUAGAUGAAGUAAAACAACUUUUAGAUACGAAGGAGGGUGAAGUGGAAGUUUUAAAAAAGCAAAGAGAUUUUGUUACAGAACAUUUACGUGAUUCACUUGGUGUAAUUCGUCGUUUAUUUCAUUCAUUGAGUAUAUCGCCAUCAGCUUCAACUGAUUUAUUUAAACCGUUAUUUAUUGAUACCGAAAUUAAUAAUAUUAGUAGUGAACAGAGUACCGGUUGUUGUUAUGCUCAAAGUUUAUCAUCAGAAUCAAAUCCAUGUGAGAAAUUUAAAACGUGUAUGCAAACGUCACCUAUGAAAAGUCCUAGUCCAAGUGGACCAAUUGAUUCAGUUAGUCGAAAUCCUCUACAGCAACAAGAAGCAUUAGCAGCUCUAUUUGCUAAUCCACUUGUAUCAGCACUUUUGAAUAGUCAUCAUAAUAGCGAUAUUCAUACGAUAGAUGAUGAUGGUUCCAACAAGACAAAGUCUGAAAUGCAGUUUCAAAAUUGGAAUUUACCAAACAGUAAUUAUAAUACAGAUUGUACACAACAUGAUAAUGAAUCAUCUAUGCAUGAACUCAAAGAAGCUUUCAAUAAUCCAUGUUUAUUAUCAUCUACUUGUGCUGGUGUUGAUAAUGGUGGUACACACACCAAUUCUGAUUAUAAUGAUGAUGACGAUCUGUUCUCUGCAUCAGAUCAACAAAUAGUAGAAGGCAGUAAUACAGAAGAAUCGUUAACACAUCAUCAUUCGACGAAUUUUGAUGUGCCCACUAUCACUAGUACUUCUGUUUCUGAGUUGACAACAACAACCACGACGUCAGAUACAUUGACAAUAUUAACUAAUAAUACUACAUUUGAAGAAUCUAUUGUACCGACCACUGAAGUGACAGCUGUUGAAGAAAACUCAUUCCGAUCGAAUACAAUAAUGAAUACUGCUACUGUCGAUCCUGUUACUACUUCUACCAGUACUAGUUUUGUAUCUCAGAAUUCAUCCCUAGAUAUACAUCAGGACAGUAAUAACAACUGUUGCUCAUCAACCUCAUCGUCAUCUAAACAUAUAACUAAUGAAAAACAACCUGUCUAA